UUUAUUUAAUUAAUAUAAAACAAAUAUUAAAUCAAACAGUUUGUUGCAAGAUUAGCAGUGUAAUUUAAGUCAAUUUUUAAAAUGUUAAAACGUGUUGAUAUACUGUUUAUAGUUUUGUUCGGAGCAUUUGCCAGCGUUGGUAGUCUCUAUACUGUUCAAGAAGAAUGCGCUGCCAACGAGGAGUAUCUCAUCUGUGGGUCAGCGUGUCCCUUCAACUGCACAGACCCUGAGGGUCCCGUGGUCUGCGAGGAAGACUGCGUGGAGGGGUGCUUCUGCAAGAAUGGGUACUUGAGGGACGUGAAUGGAAGUUGCGUGCCGGCUGAUCAGUGUGUUGGAGAACCCUCAAUCUGCUCUCCCAACGAGGAGUUCCUGUCCUGCGGCUCCGCCUGUCCCCUAACCUGCGCUCAGCCGGAGCGCGCGCCCUGCGGCCUGGCCUGCAGCAUGGGCUGCUUCUGCAAGGCUGGCUACGUCAGGGAUGAGAAGAGCAACAAGUGCGUCACGCUGGAUCAGUGCCCUGUUGAACAAUGCCUCAACUCCAACGAGACCUACGCCAUCUGCACGGCCUCUUGCCAGCCAACCUGUAGCGACCCUGAGCCGCUCUGCCUCCAGGUCUGCAGCUCCGGCUGCGUCUGCAACGAGGGUCUAUUGAGGGAUGAUAGUGGAGUCUGUGUGAGGGCAGAGCAGUGCCCCCCGAGCAACAGCACCGACGCCGGGCUGGUCGGGAAGUACUAUGAUGUCAUUAAUAAGAUUUUGCAUUUGUCUACGGCUUGAAGAAUGGGAAUUUUGAAAAUAAAUACUAACCGCCUUUUGUACCCUAAUUUAGUUCCAAUCUGUUAAUUUUAUUAUUC